UUGAACGAGGAAGGUUUUCUGCUCUGUUUUUCAUUAAAACGCAAUUGGAAACGACUUACGUCAUAUGCAAGCGAGUCGGACCCUCGAAUAGAGAGACUUAAAUCACUGAAUGGGAUACGGAACUGCCACGUCAAGUCUGAAAAGAAACAUUUGAAGAAGCACAAGAAGAAGAACAUUUGA